UCAUGACUGCACAGUUAAGAGUUGGCUAUCUUUUCCCAUUUCUCCUAGCUGGGUUCGUGCAAACAAAUCCCAGGAUGGAGAAGAUAAAGAUGGAUUGCUACAAAGAUGUGAAAGGUACCAUCUAUGACUAUGAUGCCUUCGCUCUAAAUGGAAAGCAUUACAUUCAAUUCAAGCAGUAUACAGGCAAGCAUGUCUUAUUUGUCAACGUGGCCACCUACUGUGGUCUGACAGCUCAAUAUCCUGAACUAAAUGCACUCCAGGAGGAGCUGAAGCCCUCUGGCCUCGUUGUGUUGGGCUUUCCCUGCAACCAAUUUGGAAAGCAAGAACCAGGAGAUAAUGCAGAGAUUCUUCCUGGGCUCAAGUAUGUCCGUCCAGGGGGAGGAUUUGUACCUAAUUUCCAGCUUUUUGAGAAAGGGGAUGUGAAUGGUGAAAGAGAACUGAAAGUCUUUACCUUCUUGAAGCACGCCUGUCCUCACCCCUCUGAGAUUUUGAGCUCAUUCAAAUAUAUCUCCUGGGAACCCAUAAAAGUUCAUGACGUCCGCUGGAACUUUGAGAAAUUCCUGGUGGGGCCCAAUGGAGUCCCCGUCAUGCGCUGGUCCCACUGGGCUACAGUUAGCACAGUCAAGUCAGACAUCCUGGCAUACUUGAAGCAAUUCAAAACUAAGUAG